UCUUGCUAUCACCAUGGCCGGCGGUGAAGCAAACAGCUACUACCAGAUGCCGGAUGGCGAUCGCCAGAAGGACUACCCUAUGCAACCCCAGCAGGCAUACAACCAGAAUGGCCAAUACCAACAGCCCUACCAGAAUGGCCAGGGCUAUUCGCAACCGCCUCCCAACUACGGCCAGAACUUCAACCCCCGCCCUGACAUGAAUGGCUACGACAACAAGCCUACCUUCGAGCAGGCAUUCAAAAUCGACAAGCCCAAGUGGAACGACUGGUGGGCUGGUCUUCUUUUCCUCGCUGUUUUUGCAGGAUACAUCGUUGUCUCUGGCAUCUCCCUUCAAGGUUACGCGCUGACCAUCGACCUAUANGCUGCGACCAAGGGUUUCAAUGGCGGCGGCAUCUACGACAGCAACAAUGAUUUCGGCCUCGAUACCAACACCAUUGUUCUCUUCGCCUUCUGUCUUGCCAUGGCUAUGAUCCUGAGUUAUGCCUACAUCUGGUUAGCCCGCGCAUUCACAAAGCAAUUCAUCUGGAUUACUGGUAUCAUCCACAUCAUCGCUGGUUUUGCGACCGCCAUCUACAUGUUGUCGAGAAAGUAUUGGUCGGGCGGUAUUGUUUUCCUCCUCUUUUCAAUCUUCACCGUCGUCUGCUUCAUCUCCUGGAUCCCCAGAAUUCCUUUCAGCGUGGUCAUGCUGCAAACAAGCAUCGACGUUUCGAAGAAGUUCGGGCACGUCUAUAUCGUUUCGCUUGUUGGCGGCAUUCUCGCAACUGCGCUAGGUGCUUGGUUCUCGGUCACUUUCGUUGCCGUGUAUGUCAAAUACGAACCAGGCGCAAACCCAGCCUGUUCUACAGGCGCUGGCGGCUGUUCAAGUGCCAAAGUCAUUGGUCUGCUCGUCUUCAUCACGUUUGCGAUGUAUUGGAUCUCGGAGUUCCUUAAGAACAUGAUUCAUGUUAUCAUCUCUGGAGUUUACGGCUCGUGGUACUUCUGUUCUCACAACCCUCCCAAGAACAUUACCCGAGGAGCCGCCCGCCGCUCUUUGACCUACAGUUUUGGAAGUAUCAGUCUUGGAAGCUUGGUGGUUGCAAUCAUCAACAUGCUCAGACAGGCAUGCAGUAUUGCACGACAGCAAGAAGCGAAUUCUGGAAACAUCGCUGCUGAUAUUGCGCUCUGCGUUCUCCAGUGUCUUAUCGGAAUCUUAGACUGGGCUGUCCAAUUCAUCAACAUACGCUUUCAGCUACAUCGCGCUGUACGGCAAGGGCUAUGUCCCUGCCGCCAAGGCCACUUGGACGUAAACCGCGGUAUUGACGCUUUGGUUAAUGAAUGCCUCAUUGGCCCCGUACUGACUCAGGGCGCUACGGCCAUCGCUUACCUGUGCGCUCUUUUGGCCUACCUGUACCUCAUUUUCACCUCGCCUGCGUACAACAGCGGCGGCGAGUAUACACCCGUUGUCGUUGCGUUCGCGUUCUUGAUUGGCCUACAGAUCGCCAAUAUCUUCACAACCCCGCUUAGCAGCGGCAUCGACACUAUAUUUGUUGCUGCAGCAUUCGACCCGCAAGUAAUGAUCACAGAACACCCGGACUUGUACGCCCAGAUGGUGUCGACAUAUCCUCAUGUUCAGCAGGCCAUUCAUGCC